AACAAUGUUGCGAUCUUCAAUGAACUAUUGCACGCAAUGCGUCAGCGAAUCCAGCCAUGGUCCAGCAGACAAGAUUUGAAUGUCGAGAUCUCUGACGAAUUUGUGUUGGUGAAGAUGUCACCGAAUCCGGACUUAUGCCUGCUUGAAGUGAUCAAAUAUUGUCCCGGAAAGUUGACAAACGAUCGUAAUAACUUACUUCUGCUAAUGAAGGUCUUAGUGGCCAUCUCUCUACUACACCAACGACGGUUACCACAUCUUGGACUUACCCUUGACAAUAUCUUUAUUGGGGAGAAUUAUGAAUGUUCGAUUGGUGUUCCGGACCUUACACUUUUGUCCAAGCAUCCUGUCGGGGAUUAUGAAUCAAAUUCGGCUCUCGAAGAACAGCAGACAGAUCUAGGAAAACAACAGAAUGAACUCGGUUACAUGGCCAAGCUUUGGUGUAUCAGAAAGAUAACCAACUUUGAUUAUCUCAUGUUCUUGAAUCGCCUGGCGGGAAGGAAACUUGGGGAUCCAAGCAACAGCGCAGUCUUGCCAUGGGUAACCAGUUUUUCUUCCCCUGAAGGUGAAUUGCGUGAUUUGACAAAAUCCAAAUAUCAUCUUGCCAAGGGCGAAGAUCAGCUCAACGCGAAUUUCAAGGCGCAUUGGACUGAAAUUAGUAGUCUAGGACCUCUGUGCUCCACAAGUUCCGAAUCACUAGUGGAUGCAGGAAUCAGCCACUUGUGGGAAGUCUUGGAUUGCACACAGGAUAACCCGUUAUCGAACAAGGCAGGUCGCGGGACUGUGCAGUCAGCCGACCUAAUGGCCCUGCAACCCGUCCGGUUAUCUAAUCCUUCGGGUGAAUGUCAGCCAAGAACAGAUUCACGACCAACUGACGAAACACCGAAACAUCUGUUAUUCCAGCCUCACCAUUUGCUUGAUAUGAUGCCCAAUUUGGCUUACUACACAUACACGGCCCGUCGCACUCCCAAACAGACCCUCAUGCAGUAUGUGCGUCCUAUAUACCAACCGCACGAGUUCCCUUCCACUAUGGCUCGUUUGUACGAAAGCACACCAGAAGAAUGCAUUCCGGAGUUUUUCACAGAUCCUACCGUGUUCAAGUCUAUUCACCCAGAUAUGCCUGAUCUCGCUGUUCCUGCAUGGUGUUCCACUCCUGAAGACUUCAUUGCUUAUCAUCGUUCUGUUUUAGAAAGUGAAGCUGUUUCUUCCAUGCUUCAUCACUGGAUCGAUCUUACAUUCGGGUAUAAGCUCAUCGGAGAGGCUGCUGUUGCGGCAAAAAAUGUGCACCUGGAAAUGGCAGGAUCCCAAACCACUUUUCGACGAUCAGGAGUCACAUGUCUUUUCCGUACUCCACACCCCCAUAGACUACCCCUUACACUCAUUGACCGAUACUUUGGCCCCACAUGUCCUUUCUUGGAUCGUUCAAAAUCCCUCACAGAAUCCCAAGAUCACAACCCACCUUACCAACCAGAUACCCAGAAACCCCUCAACUCAAUGAGUGAGGCUACCUUUGAGCCGGCGAUUCACAACGAUUACUGCCCACAGUUGCAUCUUCCCAGUGAAUAUAAUCCAUUGGCCAUGAUCGAGAUGUAUGAAGAGUUGUGUCGAUUUUUGGCGACUGAAACCCCUCUACCCCUCACACUAGAGUUACCAAAAAAGCCAGCAAAACACAAACGGUCAGUAUCUCUCAGGUCUCUGCUCAACUUCGACGUGGAAGCCAUUGGAUGUCUAACCGUUGAGUUGUUUACUCAUUUGAUGGUAAAUUACAGUGAAGCUCAACGAUGGACACAUACCCAACGCCUUCAAAUGGCGCGGUCAAAUGCGCGACGCUAUUGGGACAGAAUUCCAAGCUGCCUACAUAAUGCACUUCGGAUGAUCCUGGAUCCAUUCGAUGAAUUAGGGAGCCUAAAUACCUUUCAGAGACGCUUCCUACCAACCGCUCGUCAGCUGCUGCUCGUCGUAUUUGAGUUUCCGCCAUAUAUGUACGAUGUUUGCACUGUACAACAGUGGCUCACCGAUCUUGCAUCUAGCUGUGAAUCAGCCUUACCCCGCAGAUUCAGUCGGCUAUGGGGACCCAUAUGUGCCGCCUUCUUCCUCCCAUCCGAUCAAGACAAUCUUCCUUCUGUUUACUCCUAUCAUGUGCCACCGGAGGUUCUGGACCUACUCAACCCUCACCUACAGAAAGCUGUUCAAGCCUGUCCUUGGUGGUUGUAUGGUUUGUUGCAGUCUGACCGACUGUUACGAUUCUACACAGCAGUUGGCGGACUAAAGGCCGUCGAUAAAUAUUUGCUGCCCCUCAUUAUGGAUUUGUACAAGCCCGAGAUUAUGAAAGAUCUGGCUCGGCGAUAUACAUCACAACAUCCGGUUUCCGUACUGUGCUCGCGGCGUGUACUUCAGUGCUUACUUACUCACAUGACUCCGACUUCUUUCCUGUCUCACCUGCCCGCAUGUUUGGUGAUGGGGAUGUUGUGGGCCACAAAUAUCACAAAUACUGCCAGUCCAGUUUUGGAGGAACAGCUCAACGUUUGCUUUGAACAGCGAAGUUCAGAUCCUAUCAGUGUAUCCCUCAAAUACAAUAGGGACUUUCGUUCCACAGAACGAAUGAUUGAGGACUCCUCCCCAUCACUGUCUUCACUGGACUACCCACCGCACACAUUUCGCCCAUCCAAUUUGCCCGGUGACGUAGACGAAAUCGGGUUGGAUUUACGAAGUUUGGAAGCCGACUGUGAGUUGCUCGAAUUGUUUCAAGGUCCCACUGAAAGUGAACACUGCCCACCGCCCUCACUGAAUGGUCCACACAGCUCCAGGAAUAUCCAGUCAGUCGCCGGAGCGGAUGUGAAGCCGAGCACGGAAUGUCGCAAAACAUCAGUUCAUAAAGAUUGGCAGUCGCUGACGGAUCUUGAGCCUCCAGUGACAAUAGGAAUGGCAGAGAACGACGUCGGAAGUCUACCCCCGUCCACAUUAGACAAUGUUCACACCUCAUCCACAGGCGCCGAUCUGGCUACUUCUGUAAAAUCACGCAACAGUUUCGUUCCACCAGUUGCUGUUGCGACUGGCAGUGUCAUUUGGCUGGCCAGACGCAUCGGACCAAUAUUGACUGCCAGGCAUGUUGUCCCUCACCUGCUUGCGGCUAUUGCUGUUGCUUACUCGGAGAGCAAUAUCGUCCGCAUACUCACCGCCUGUAAGCGAACGUCCCUGGAGCAUUCGACCCUCGAGGUUUCGAAGGCAGACACGAGAAUUUCAAGUGGCAAAUCACUAACAAAGCUGGACAGGGUUGGUGAGGGAGGGAAGCUUUGUCUGGACAUAGUGAACUCCGGCGGUGAGCAGUUAAUGGCUACUGUAACCCCUGUGACAUCCGCUCCAGCGCAGCCAGGUGCUUCUGGCAAAAGUCAUCUUCCUAUGUCAGUUCAAGUUACGAAUCGCCCACUUAUGGGUGAUAGCGUUGCAGCCGCAAGCCUACGCUGUCUAGAGAACUUGGUCCACGUGUACGGCGUCUGUCUGGCAUUGCACGUCUAUAUACCCUACGCACAACGCACCGUCAAUACCGUUCUUGCAACUGUUGGUUCACCUGCAUGGAAGGCUCCUGAGGACGAACAACCAAGCGUGGCAAAUCCGUGCUCUAGUGUACCGCCAUCGAGAUGGAAUGUGCGCACUUUGGGCGAGCUAGUUGCAUCGCUGACGCUGUUGCAUCAAUUCCUCGCGUACAUUCCGGACUUGACAUUGUCAGACUACUUGAGAGAUUCAACGCUACAAGACAUACUGCACAAGUCUAUUAGAAUAUCUGGUCGUCUGGAUAGCCCGUUUCCUUGCGGUUCUGUCGGUCGGUUGGCGGUUUUGUAUCGAGUUAUCGAUUGCAUUUACGUUGUGGGGAUGCGGGUCGGUUUUGAAAUGACAAGGACACACAUGACCUCAUUAUUUCAAGUGUUCUUCGCACUAUUUGAUCGGGUCGCAGCAUUGAACGAACAAGAAAAGACUCGGAUGCCCUCCAGAGAAACCACUAUCGAGCAAUCGAACAACGAGUCCUCCUGCACCACUGGCGACUUUGAAAGUAUCGGUGAUACCGGGACCGAUCAGUUCCCUUCUGCACCAUCAAACGAUCUUCCACCCAAACUGAAUCCAGACGUACUGAUGGAGCUCUGUGCAACCUUCACAAAUGAUCUAGCUCGUCUAGCUUACAUUCCGUUUUGUUGUCUUGCGGGCGGUGCUUUCGUUGACACAUGCAUAUACAAUACUGGUUGGAUCCAGGAGCUAGUUCGUUCACAACCUGUCAGCCAACAGCACGGCUCUGCGCACCAGCUGUUAUUAGCCACACAGCCCCCUCUUCAGGAUGGUCCAGUUAACCCAGGAAACACAACUCCGCCAAUUCAACAGGCGGCUAAUGUAAUACAAGAUCUCAACCUGUUGGCUGGUUCUGUUUUUCACGGCGAUGCUGCAUACCGUUUGCGUGGCUCAUGGUCCGAUGUCUUUCAACAGAUAACGCACGAUGAAGACGCUUUACGAUGCGGCUCUGUUCAUUAUCACGGUUUUCGACUCGCAUCUUUCGCAGGUCACAAUGGUCGUAUCAAUUCUAUCGAUCUCAUGAGCAUGGAAAACGGCUUUGUGACGGCAUCGCAAGACCGCACUGUACAACUUUGGUCCCUGUCCGAUUCAUAUAGUACUGCUCAUCCUUCAGCGAGAUCGCCCCUGACUAACGCCCCGGGUGCAUUUAAAUCACUUUCCUCUGCUACCGCCUUUACAGGUGGUACCUCAGGCUUGCAAGGGUUUCUCACCCAGACUAGCAGUGGCCGCGACACACCAAAUGACCAAACCAAUACUCCUAUGGUCCCAGUGGCUGCACGUUUAGUCUACCGUGGACACAAAAGGCCUGUCUUCAAGGCCGUUUAUUUGGAUAACUAUCGACUGAUGGCUUCGUGUGAUGGUCACCUAAUUCUGUGGGAUCCGUGGACAGGGCAAAAGGUACGGGGAAUUUCGGGUGGGCAUUCGUCUCAUCUGAGCGCACUCACUCGCUGCUGUCGCCCACAUGGUGCUCUGUUCUGUGCAGAGGUAAACGGUACCGUUCGUAUGAUCGAUCCACGAACGCCUCACUCCUCGCAGAUGUCUAAUCCACUCCAAUUUUUCAGUGGUUCCUUCCUUGCAGGCCUUAGGAAGGACCAUUCUCGAGUUCCCACCACAUAUAUUCCAAGUGAACAAAGUUCUUCAUCUGAUCUAGUUACUCCGCGUCUUGCUGCGCUGACGGCUGCUCUUCGUGGUCCAACAAACUUCCUUUCUAGCCAGACACCCUCCAAUCCAACCGUACUUCCACCUCCCUCGAAUGCUGGUACACUGACACGUCUAGCUGUUUGUGAUGGAGCUAAUGUGCUUCUUUGCGGUUUCACAUCGGGUUUCCUGACCGCUGUGGACCUAAGACAGUUCCAAGUUAUUCAGGCAUGGCAAGCACAUAGCGAUGCGAUCGUACAGCUUGGAUGCACAACGACUGAUUGGUUCGUUUCGAGUGGAGACCGUAGUCUUGCAUUUUGGCAUAUGAAUUCCGAUCUACAUAUUGAUUGCAUUCGAACCCUAGACCACGUUUUUGCCCGCUGUUCGACUACUACACCUGAGGAAAAUGCCACUAACUCUGGAGUAGCAGAGUCUAGUGCCGCCUUUCCUGUGGGUAUCAGUUCUGUCAGCCAAUUUGCUUGUUGCAAGGACGAACUGCUUGUUUGCGGACCGACUUUCGCUCCCACCGCCAGUGUAUCCGGUCUGGCGCCCAGUCCGAACGAACUCUACCCUCGACAAGCAUCAAACUACAGCACUGCAUCCACAACCGUAGGUGUCGAUCUGCUGGGUGUUUACCGCCCCGCUACACAAGGACACUUUUCGUACCAACCACUUGGUCGGAUUCCUUCACAUCUCCUUCGUGGACGUGUCACAACGCUUUCUAGUCUGUCCUUAUCCGGUCUCUUCUUAGUGGGCAGUCACACUGGUGCACACUACCUGAACAGCCAUCAUCAUGCCAACCAGUCUCUCUUUGUUUUCCAUGGUCUGCCCCGUUCUGCGCAACCAUUGCCUCACUGUCCGUCAAACAUACACAAAUUUGAUAAAUACACUCAUUUGCAAAUCAAUUUGGUUUGCACGAGAGACUCAACUGAAUCUCUCGUUUAUGAUGUUCCACAACUGAAUAUGCUGCACACAGGCCGCAUCAUGUUUCAGUUGGUACGAUAUUCCAGAUAUCGCAGCAUAUUUUCAUGA